CAAAAAUGAAAUAAAAUUAUCGUGAGAUUUCUGUGUUUUACUAAAAAUAUGAAAAAGGAACGAUGAGUUUUGAUAGUUUCAGGGAGAAUGUUGCCCUGUAGGUGUAGGACGAGGACUGUAUUGCCUUGUGACUGCGCGGAAGAAUUAAGACGAAGGAAAGCAGCCCUAUAUGGAAAAGGCGAAGGCGCUGAGAGCGCCGGCAAAAGCGGCGACGGGGGAACUGCGGGCAGCGGGGGAGUUAUAAGCGGCAGCGGGGCGAUAGGCAGUGGCGGGACGAUAAGCGGUGGCGGGGCGACAAUCGGUAGCGGUGCGGCAACGGGUAGCGGGGCGAUAAGCGGGGCGACAAGCGUUGGCGAUAACGUCAGCGGGGGCGUGGGCGAUGGCGGAGUCGUGGGCGGUGGCGGCACCGUGGGCGAUGGUGGCGUUGGCGGCGGCGGCGUUGUGGGCGGCGGCGGGUUGGCUGAAGGGACGGAAGCUGGAGUGGGGGGAAAGGGGAUCGUGCGAAGGUUUCGGAUCCUGUUUGACAAAAUGUACAACUACCUAGGCCCAAUCGGCCUCUGGAAUGCGGCCCUAGCUCUCCUCAUACUAGGCUACUACGGCAAGAAACGCAUCUUGGACUCCUUCGGGCACGGCAGAGGCCAUAAAGGGGGAAGAGGGUAUGGAUCUGGCGGUAUGGGGUCGUUUGGAGGCGGGGCGUAUGGAGGAUAUGGAGGAAUAGGGGGAAAGUGUGGGAAAAAGAAAGUGGAGCCCCCUCCGCCUUGCUGCGCGACUUGCAAGUGUUUUGAUCAACCUAGGAUUUUGAAGCACCGAUUGAAAUGGCCUGAGGACCCAAGACCCUGUCAGUGAGAGAUCAAUCAUUUCAUUACGUACUAAACACGAUUGCCAAAAAUAUUAUAUUUUUCGAUCUAAUGUAAAUUCUGUGAUUUAGCACCUUUUGUUCUUCA